CAAGAGACUCCAGGAUUUUUACUGUGCUUAUAAUAGACUCAUUUUUCGGCUGCUCACCUCUUUGAAAGUCAUUUCCCAGAGACUAGUUUUACUUUUUGUCCCCUUCAGUAAGGCAGUGAUGUCGUGGGACUGUGGUCUGAAGUACAUGUUCUCCGUGUCCCCUUCGUUGCAGCCGACCGGCAUGUGCAUUCUGCAUGAUAAAGAGGAGCUGUCCAGAUUGGAGAUGGUCCAGAGACUGGCCAAGGAUGGCUGCCGCUUCUUACAGAAUCACAGCAAAGGCCCUGGUAGAACAAAUGAGCCAGUCCAGAGUGACGAGGCACUACGCGUGCAGGAGCGGGGCCGCUGCGUUCUGGUUCUCCGGAGGAUGUCGUCACAGUCGGCAAGAGGAGGAGGGAAGCGGGAGGAGGAGCAGGCGGUGAGGAAGCGGAGGUACACCGUGGUGUCAGGGACCCCAGAGAAAAUCCUAGAUCACCUGCUGAAUGACCUCAGACUGGAGGAGGACAAGGCAGCCACACAGGUCAAAGACACAGACAACCUUUUGGAUGACUUUCUGCUGACCUACCCUGUGUUUAUGUCAACCAGCGAUUUAUGCCAAGCUCUUCUGGGACAUUAUUGCUGUAAGCGCUGCAGAGUGAAAGAAGACACGAAAGAGGCUCUGGAGAGAAAACAGAAAGUGGCACACCUGGUGUCGCAGUGGAUGUACCUCUGCGGGGAUUUCCUAAGGGAGGACGAGCAUGUCAAAGUGUUCAUGAAGACUUUGUACCGCUACAUGCUGGAUGACCUUUAUGAGCACCCAACCUUGGAGGGGGACGUGAGGGAGCUGCAGAAGCUCUACCAGCUGCAUUGCAGACACACUGUGGAGGAAUAUUCCCCGCAAAGAAAGAGCAAAACACUUCUCCAUCAAUUCAGUCUAAAAGAGAAUGGAAUCCUCUCCAGGAGCGCACACAGAAAGACCAAGGAAGUGUCAUGUCAUGUGUAUAUCACGAUGGACUCCUACCUGAGCAUGAGAGUCCAUCCUGGGGUUGUGGCACAGGAGGUGUUACAAACAGUGGCUGAGAGGAUGGACUUUUCCCAGGAUGAACUUGUCCUGGUGGCCGUCACUUAUCCUGGAGGCAGACUUCUCCUGCAGCCACAUGACACACUUUUCUCCUCUUUCCUACGGCCGGUUGGAAGACUGCAUGUUUGUAAAAAGGACCUGGGUGAAGUCCUGAACCCGUUUACAGAAAACUCAAAACUACAACAGAGGGCUGCCCGCAUGCUUAGUUUAAACACAUGGGAUAUGGCUGUUGCUCUUAGCAACACUGACUGGACAAUAUUUCAUUCCAUUCACGAGCAAGAGUUGAUCUACUUCACGUUUAGGCGCAAUGCCAGCGGUGGCUACACAGCGGCGCUAGACUUGAUACUUCAACGCUGCAACGAGAUCCAACUGUGGGUGAUGACUGAAGUGCUGUUGUGCACGACGCUCUGUCAGAGAGUACAGCUGAUCAAGAAGUUCAUCAAGAUUGCCUCCCACUGCAAAGCACAGAGGAACCUCCACUGUUUCUUUGCUAUUAUAAUGGGCUUGAACACUGCUGCGGUCAGUCGCCUCAAUCAGACUUGGGAGAAAAUUCCUGGGAAAUUUAAAAAGCUGUUUUCCGAGCUGGAGAGCAUCACAGAUCCCUCACUGAACCAUAAGGCCUACAGAGACAUUUUCAAGAAGAUGAAGGCACCAAAGAUCCCCUUUCUUCCUUUGUUACUUAAAGAUAUCACAUUCAUUCAUGAAGGCAACAAAACAUUUCAUGAUAAUUUGGUAAAUUUCGAAAAACUGCAUAUGAUAGCAGACACAGUGCGCCUCAUCAGACAGUGUCAAAAGGAUCAUUUAGGAAAUGGCAUAAGACCAAAGAGCAGUGCAGAAGUGCGAGCUUACAUGGAUAACCUUCAUAUAAUUGACAAUCAGCAGACCCUGUUUGAACUGUCUCACAGACUGGAGCCUCGGACUUGAGAGAAAAGACUUCUCACCCAAUGUAGCCUUCUUUGUAACUCAGGACUAUAUCAGCAAACCGAGGGAACUUCAGCUCGAUGACCACUAGAGAGCGCUGUUUAAUCAGGAAAUAUUAGAAAAAAAGACAAAUGAAAGCAUUGAUUUGUUAGCGUAUGGAUUUUUGUAAAGGCUUACCACAGCAUCACCCAUUCAGACAUGUAAGCAUAUCUAUAUCAGCAUUUUCACAGCAAACCUGCUAUAAAAGUUGCUGUUACUUUCAUGUUCAACUGAUGUCAGCAUUCGGUAAAAUGUUCUGAUGUUUCCCAGCUUGUCCAAUUUGGGAAUAUGGGCCCACCGUUUCCCAACCUUUUUCGAAACAGCACAUUUGACAUGCCAUAAAUUUGACGCCAGAUGCCGCGAAUAUAUAUGUACUCUAAAAGGACAUUAUCUCAAUUAACAUAAGAAUUUAGAAGGGAGAUCUGGUUCCAUUUAACUGAACACAAAGCUAUUGCAUUCUGUAAUGUGAAUGGCAACAGGUGAAUAUACAGGUUAAUUGUAUUCUCUGCUAAAUGUGAAUGGCAACAGGUGAAUAUACAGGUUAAUUGUAUUCUCUGCUAUUUAUUGGAAGAAAAUUUAACUGUCCUGCCUAACACGAAUUAUAUACAUUUGAACAAAAUCUUUUUACAAUAUAAAGCACAGUUAUGCUCAAUAAACUAGCAAGAGCAAUGACAACGCAGACUAAUACAACAAAACGGUAUUUUAGGAGAUGUAUAUUGUCUGAUUUUUUUAAAUUUAUUUUAUUAUUAUUAUUUUUUUAUUAUUUUCUUUACAAUUGUAUUUCUUCCUCCGUUCUUAAUUUGCAGCCACCACCACAUGAGCAGAAUACAUGUAUGUUAAAAAUGAAGUUAAAUGAAUUCAGAGAAUUAUCGCAACAUGUUAAUGUGAAGAUGUGUGGAUGAAAAGUCAAGCUGGCUACAUUCAAAUCUUUUAUUUUUUUUAAUUUAUUUGCUGUUCAAAUAAAUGCUCUGCACAAUCAAUAUGUAAUUAGCAACAGACAAACAAUAGUCUAUAUCAAUCAAAUUUAUUUACUCAAGACAGGAAUUCAACAGCAAAUAUCAUUUAAUCAGUUGCAUUACAUUAGAGUGCCAAAAAGCCUACAGUCCAUGUAUGUCAAUCAUCUAAUCUCAUUUACACCGAUAAUGUAGUUUUGUAGAGAGAGCACGGGGGAUAAUAUUAACUGUUCUUGUUGGGAAAAUGUUAGUGACAUACUGAUAUGUUUUCAGGAAUUUCUGUGUACAUUUAGUGCAAAAUUAUAGAAAUUAAAUAUUAAUUUCCUAAUUUAAAUUUACAAUGAUUGCUGCUGCCCUAGAUGUAUCUUAAUUGUGACUCAGUAGAAUGUAAAUUAUAUUUAUAUAUAUUUUAAAACAUGUAUGAUAAACAAUUCAUUUUUGUGCAGUAUUCAUAAAAGAAUUUUUGUGUGCAUAUCCUAUUUAUUUAUUUUUAAAAUGAUUUAUUUCUAUUCUUUGAACUUUGUUUCAUCUUGCUGAACAGUUUUGGCUGGUCUGUGUGGCAUAUUAUCCAUGGUUUGA